UAUAUUAAUAUACUGAAUAGGGCACUGGAGGAGGAUCAUUCUUCAUUCUGUACUAAUAAAAGUGUUGAUAAUUGUGGCAACACUGACACUGAAGGACUGCUAGUAUUAAAGGACAUUGCAGCUGCUGAUCAAGGAAUAUACGUGUGUACAGCUACACUGGAAAAUGUCACUAGCUCUGUGAUUCGACAAAUUCAAAUUGGAGAGCCUCCUGUGAUUGAGAAGAGUCCUAUUAGUGUGGUUGCUCGUGAUCCUCCAUCUUAUGUUGUUUUUGAAGCAGCAGCAAGAGGGAACCCACCACCAGUACUGAAAUGGUAUCAUAACUCAAAUGAAAUUGACUUCAAAAAUACUACAAAGAUGUAUUUGACCAGUACUGGGUCAUUGAUUAUAUUGGGUCCUCAGUUUGAAGAUAAUGGUCAAUAUAAAGUAGUGGCAGACAAUGGAGCUGGCUCAGUAGAAGCAGCUGCCAGUCUUACAAUAUACUUCAGUAAGUGCUACUAUUACUGUAGAGAGUAG